CAGGGCUAUCAUUGUAAUAUUUUCAAAAUAAAAAAAAAAAAACAAAUCUUACAAUCCAAUACAGUGGAGCGUCCCACAACCUGACCACCAUUACCAAAAUGACCUCCAAAAACGACUUCGUUCUGUACUCUCCUCUCCCGCCCAACCCCACCGCCACCGCCUACCACCAAAACGUCGUCGUCCUCCCCUACUACCGCCCCUCUCCCUCCAAACGCAGAUCCCGCCGUCUCUGCCGCUGCCUCCUCGCCUCCGCCGCCGUCCUCCUCCUCAUCGCCGCCGUCUUCAUCCUCUACCCCUCCGAUCCCUCCCUGCAACUCGUCCGAGUGCACCUCAACCGCGUCCGAGUCAACUCGUCCCCCGAUCUCACCCUCGACCUCUCCUUCUUCCUCACCGUCAAGGUCUUCAACAGAGACUUCUUCUCUCUCGACUAUGACUCGCUCGCCGUCUCCGUCGGCUACCGCGGGAGAGAGCUAGGGUUUGUGAACUCCGACGGAGGUAAAAUUAGGGCGAGAGGGUCGUCGUAUGUCGAUGCAACGCUCGAUCUCAAUGGAUUCGCGAUCAUUCAAGAUGUUUUUUACUUGCUUGAAGAUUUGGCCAGAGGAGUUAUUCCCUUCGACACUGUCACGAAGGUUGAAGGGAAUUUAGGGCUCUUUCUCUUCAAAAUUCCUCUCAAGGCGAGUGUAUCAUGUGAGGUCUAUGUAAAUACAAACAACCAGACUAUAGCCCGUCAAGAUUGCUACCCUGAGUGAUGGUGGUAACAAGGCUAAUAACUCUAAUGGAACUUCUCAUUUACAUUAAAGCUGGAUGCAGCGUUAAGAGUUGAAUCUGGAGGUGAAUGCAGUGUUAUGGUUGCAGUGAACCCCUCUAUUACCCUUCAACUUAAUAGUGUGUUAGGCCGGUGCUGAAAUUGGAGAGAAUUCAUUUGAAUUUUAUUUAUUAAAAAAAAUUAUGAAUUCUCUCUCUCAUACUUGUAUAUAUUCUACACCCUAGAGGACUCUCGUCUCUGAACCUAGUGAUGAAACAUUUGUUCAUAAAAAUUGAGGUCA